GCAAAGCGAAAGCUCCUGUUUUCAGAAUGUGCAGAGGAACCUGAAGCAACGCUAUCGGCAAAUUCUAGGGACUUUCUAAGCAGCGUUGCCAUUUUGCUCAACUCGACAGCUCUGCCAUGGAGGGAGGUCAUUCCUACCGUGAAGAAAGCCACCAAGAAGAAGCAACAGGGGUCACGCCCGAUUCUGCUGCGGCUACUGACUCAGAUGACGACAAUGGAUACGAAGCCCUGACUUUCUUUCACCCAAACCAGGAACAGAGAGAAACUCGCAAUCUCGCAGAUGGUAACAGAAGUCCAAAGAACUCUCAAAGUCCCGAUUCCUCCAUGACAACAAAAGAACUUCAGGAAUACUGGAGGAAUGAGAAACGCAACUACCGAGCCGUCAAAGUCCUUUUUGAAAUCCCGUCUGCCAGAAUUGUAGAGAAGGCCUUCGCUAAGUAUGUGAAAUACCAAAUCAUUAUCAUCCAAACUGGCAGUUUUGACAGCAACAGAUCAAUAAUUGAACGCCGGUACUCCGAUUUUGAAAGGCUGCACGCAGAUCUUUUGAAGGCAUUUUAUGAUGAAAUGGAAGACGUUCCCUUUCCCAAAAAGAUCCUGACUGGAAACUUCACAGAGGAUAUUAUCAUGGAGAGGAAAUUAGCUUUUCAGGAUUAUCUGCGGCUUCUCUAUUCCAUGGGAUGUAUCCAGACAUCAAGUACAUUUAUCGAUUUCUUAAUAGGACCCGAAAUGGAGGAGGGUUACAGUUGUCUACGCGGCGGACAGUACACCAAAGCUCUGGAAAUAUUUCUGCAAGUUGUGCCCCUACAAGAAAAAUUAAUCAAGCACAGACCCAUUCUUCUGGUCCCAACUCUUUGCGCCAUACUCAUUUGUCACAAAGACUUAGACAAUUCCAGAAGCGCCUAUGAAUUUGGAGAGAAAGCUUUACACCGCCUUCAGAACUAUCCCAACAACAGGUAUUUUAUGCCUCUGCUGGAAACAAUGAUAUCUUUGGCAUAUGAACUUGGCAAGGACUUUGUAUCCUUACAAGAGAAACUGGAAGAGAGAAGAGCAAAGAAAGGACCAAGAAAAGCGGCAACCCUGAAAGAACUCGCUGUUCAGGAGUAUGUGCACUGAGUGGAUAAUGGGGGUCUUCUCUGGGGCUACUGGGGCUACAGUUAGUGGUGUGCAGUUGCAGGUUACAGUAUCCAGUGAUCCCUGGCCCGAGGGAUAUCUGGUUGGCUUCAACGAGAGCCAGGGCUUUUACGGCCCUAACUCUAGCCUGGUGGAACAAAUUGCCUGGUGAUGUCAGGGCUCUGUGGUAAUUAUGUCAGUUCCGCAGGGCCUGUAAGGCAUGGCUGUUCCACCAAGUCUUUUCCAACUAGGCAGUCGGAUUAUUUGAAUGCAAUAUAACAUCUUUUCGGUAUCUGGGGGAAGGUGAGGAGGGAAAGGUGGAAGGUGGGAAGGAUGAAUUCAUUUUAUUAAAUUACCACCAUCACAGCAUUAUUUUUAAAAUUUUACAUUAUUUAAAUUGUUAAUGGGUUAAUUUUCAAUUUGGAUUAUAUUUUAAUGUUUGUGUAAUGUUUAAUUACGUUGUAGCCAGAGCCCUUCGGGGAUAGGGCAGGAUAU